GGCCUAAUCCUCGGUGCUCCUGCUUCCCCUCAGGGUUCCUGCUUCCAAACGCUGUUUAAAUUAAUUUUAAAAUUAAAUAACAUAUGCGUUGUGGACCCCCGGAGGGGAAGAGCAGCAGAGCUGGUCGUGAUGGUGUGACGGCUAAAUAAAUGCAACACUUCAUGUCAGGGCUCGUUCCGGAAGGGCUGAGAUUUGACUGAGUGGAUGUAGUGCCUGACACAAACUAUGCUGGCCACAGAGUUUCCAGUGCUGACAAUGAAGUUUGACCUGUAUUCCGAAUGGAUGAUUAAGGAGGAUAUCAGUAACUGUUUAAUUGCAGCAGCGCCAUAUGGUGGUCCUAUUGCUUUGAUAAUCAAUGAAUCUCGCAAGGAAAGGUCUCCAAGUUUCCGCCCCGUCAUGGAAAUAUACUCCUCAUCGGGAAACCGAAUAGUCUCCUUUCCAUGGAAAAGUGGCAUAGUUGUUCACAUUGGGUGGACUACAGAUGAAGAUCUGCUCUGUAUACAAGAUGAUGGGACUGUUCUAAUCCACAACAUUUUUGGCACAUUUAAGAGACACUUCAGCAUGGGUAACGAGGUGUUACAGAAUCGCGUUAUGGAGGCCAAAGUUUUCCAUUCUGCUUAUGGCUCAGGAAUCGCGAUACUGACUGGUGCUUUUCGUUUCACACUUGCCACAAAUAUAGAUGACCUCAAACUCAGACGACUUCCUGAAAUUCCAGGAUUAAAAUGCCCACCAACAUGCUGGGCUGUAUUGAUGGAAGAUCGACAGACUAAAAUUAUUCUGGCUAAUGGGAAGGAUUUGUAUGUCCUAGAUAAUGGAUCCUACCAGUCUGUGAUUCCUCCUGGGCUGGGGCCUCAAGUAUGUGGAUUUACCCAAAUUGCUAUUUCAUUCAAUUAUAAACGGCUUGCUCUGUUCACAGACACUGGCAGUAUUUGGAUGGGUUCUUCUUCAUUGAAGGACACGUUGUGCAUGAUUGACACGAAUUUCCAAACACCACCUAAGCAGUUUGUUUGGUGUAACAGACCAAAAAGCACUAAUCCUACUGUAGUUGGUAUCUGGGAUAAAUUACUUUUCAUAGCUGGAAGUUCAGAGGAGACCAUUAAAUUUUAUCUAGAUGAGGAUGUUCAUUUAGUACCUGAGAUUGACGGGGUUCGUAUUAUCAGCUCUAACAGUCAUGAGUUUCUACAUGAGGUCCCACCUGCUUGUCAAGAUAUUUUCAAAAUUGCUUCCAUGGCACCUGGUGCACUUCUGCUGGAAGCUCAUAAAGAAUACGAGAAGGAGAGCCAGAAAGCUGAUGAAUAUUUACGAGAGAUAAAGGAACAAAACCUCUUGUUUGAGGCUGUACAGCAAUGCAUUGAGGCAGCAGGCAAUGAGUAUGAACCCGAGAUGCAGAAGGCUUUGCUAAGGGCGGCCUCUUUUGGUAAAUGCUUUAUCAGCAACUUUCCUCCAGAUACAUUUGUGAAGAUGGCUCGAGAUCUACGGGUGUUGAAUGCCAUUCGUGACUACACUGUUGGCAUCCCUCUCAGUUAUCCCCAAUAUAAGCAGCUCACUAUUGAAGUCCUAAUUGACAGAUUAAUUUUACGUAAACUGUAUUCUCUUGCAAUAAAAAUUUGUGAGUAUAUGAAAAUAUCGGAAUUUCAAGGAGCAAGUCGGAUAUUGGCUCACUGGGCUUGUUAUAAGGUCCAACAGAAGGAAGACCCUGAUGAUAGCAUUGCUCGUGCAAUCAACCACAAACUUGGGGACACCCCUGGCAUUUCAUAUUCUGAAAUUGCUGCCAAAGCUUAUGAUUGUGGCAGAACAGAGCUAGCAAUAAAGCUUCUAGAGUAUGAGCCGAGAUCUGGUGAGCAGGUACCCUUGCUGUUAAAGAUGAAGAGGAGUCAGUUGGCACUACUUAAAGCAAUAGAAAGUGGAGACACUGAUUUAGUGUACACUGUUGUGACGCACCUAAAAAGUGAGAUGAACAGAGGAGAUUUCUUUAUGACUCUACAGAAUCAGCCUGUUGCAUUGAGUCUUUAUCGUCAGUUCUGUAAGCACCAGGAGCCAGAGACACUCAAGGAUCUGUUCAAUCAGGAUGACAACCAUCAAGAACUUGGCAACUUCUAUGUGCGUUCCAGUUACUGCAAUGAAACGACAAUUGAGGGACGAGUUGCCACUUUGCAGAGUGCUGUGGAUGAAUACAAUAAAGCUAAGAAUGAAUUUGCUGCCAAGAUCACAGAAGACCAAAUUAAAUUGCUGCGAUAUCAGUAUCGCUUGCAGAAGGAAUCUGGUAAAUCGUACCUGGAUUUUUCAUUACACGACACUGUUUCCAGACUGUUAUUGGAAAGCAAGCACAAACAAGCUGAGCAGCUUUACAAAGACUUCAAAAUUCCUGACAAAAGGUUUUGGUGGCUGAAAAUUGCUGCAUUGGCAGAGAAAGGAGACUGGGAGGAACUUGAAAAAUUUUCUAGAAGCAAGAAGUCCCCAAUAGGUUAUAUGCCAUUUGUGGAAAUCUGUGUAAAGCAUCAUAACAAGUAUGAAGCUAAGAAAUAUGUAGCAAAAGUCAGCCCAGAGCAGAAAGUGAAAGGAUAUAUAAUGGUUGGAGAUCUAGACCAAGCUGUGGAAGUUGCAACAGAACGCAAAAAUGAAAGCGAGUUGAACACUAUUCUUUCCAAGUGUACAUCAGCUACUGAUCAGUUAAUUGUGGAAAAAAUUAACCGAGCAAAAGCACAGAUUUUAAAGAAAUAAAAUAGUACUCAGAGAUGACAAGUGAUCAACUAAGUAUUAGUUCCCUGUUUUCAUAAUAUAUGUAUGUUUGUAAAUAUGUUUAUAGUUAGUUUAGCAUGAAUUGCAAAAAGAGAAAAACUAAUGAAUAGUUAUACAAUUUGUUGCCAGGAAAAACCGAAGUAGUUCACCUUAUCAAUUUGUUGUUAUAGAAAUGUAUAUCAUGCAAAUAUUUUAAAUGCUACAUCUUGUAUGAUUAAAUAUUACUUAAGUCUGAUGCCUCAGUGUAUGCACUAUGUAAAUUUUUUUGGUGUGGAGCUACUGUACUUACCAAAAGAAAAUUGAUAAGAUUAAAUGCAAAAUUAAAUGUACUUGCACAUGUUAAUAAUAAUAUUUUUUCAGUAGACUUGAUUUAGCAGUAGAUGAAAGUACACUUAAAGUCCUAGAAUUGUACAACACUGAAACAGGCCCUUCAGCCCACCACGUCCAUGACAACCUUUUUGCCAAUCUACAUUAAUCCCAUUUGCCUACAUUAGGUCUGUAUCCUUCUAUGCCUUGCCUAUUCAAGUGCGUCUAAAUGCUUCUUAAACAUAGUGAUUAUAGCUGAUUCCACCACUUCCUCUGGCAGUAUGCUCCAGAUAGCAAUCACUUUCUAUGGUUUUUAAAAAAAACUUUCCCCUCAAAUCCCCUUUAAAAUUCCUUCCUCUAACCUUAAACCUAUGCCUUCUUGUUUUUUGAUACCACCACUAUGAGAAAAAGAUUCUGACUAUCAACCUAUCCAUGCCUCUUAUAAUUUUAUAUACUUCUGUUGGAUCACCUGUCAUCCCUUGGGAAAGAAUAUCUUGCUUGUUAAACAAAGCUGUUAUUGUUAAAUUGUACCCAAACCCUCAUCAUAUAUCUUCAUUAGUGGUGGGCAGCUAGUGGAAAUGAAGUCACUUGUUCUGAGUGUUUUACUUUUUCAACUCUCAUGAUGGCUUAUUUGUCAGUGACCUGUCUUAAGUGAGUAACUAAGAACAGUUCCAGAAAGGAACCAAUAAGAUGACAUAAAUAUCUUUACUUUUCAGUACUUUGCUAAAAUCCCAAAUAUUGGUAAAUCUUUCAAAUUUCUGUGCCACUACAUUUGUUGGUAAAUAGCUCUUGUUUCUAUUGUUGCUGAAAGAAAAUAAAAUCAUCUAGUUUUUCCAGCUUUAUCAAAUAGAGACCUGGUUUCAUCAGAGAGAGGAACUAAAUUUUAAAUCUCUCCCUUGGCUCUUUCUCCUCUUCCCUCCCCACUAUCUCGCACUUUAUCCUCAUUUUCUCUCUCUUUUUCUGCGUUCUCUGUCCUUGGCCCCACACACUGCAUUCUCGUGCCCUCAGCUCCUGUGUUUUCUCUCUUGCUUUUCCUGCUGUCCCUUUCCUCUUCCCCCACCCCCUGCCACUUCAUUAUAGAGUCUGGUACGUUACAUUGUUAGAGACGCUUGACAAAUGCCCACUCUUGUUGGUAAAGGUGAGGUGAGUGUGACCCUAUUCUCACAAUGUAACUUUUUAAAUGACUGCAUAAUUACUCUUGUGUAAUUUCACCCCGAAAAGAAAUGGCCAAGUGUCCUACUCUAUGGCUUUUA